UGCCGCGCGGAGAGUGCGGAGGCUGGAGGUCGAGGGUCCCAGCUGCUGUCGGGGCGCAGCCGACGGCCCCCCAAGGCUUCCACGGGCCUCUGAACUCAUCCGAAGGCCUCGGCUCCGCGCUCGUCGCCCGCCCCGCGCGUCUCGAUCAAGCCGGGCUCCCGCGCAGUCGCAGGCAGCGCGCCUGGCGAGGUGUUCGUGCUCGAGAACGGGUCGUCCCGGCUCUGGCGGCUGAGGCUCGCCCCGGCGGGCGCUGGCGUCGAGGCCACGAUGGAGGAGCUGACGUCCAGGAGUGAGGCGGAGCGCUUCCGCGCCUCGCUCGGCUCUCGGGUGGUGGCCCUGGGCGGUUCCGUGCUCGUCGCCGGCACGCCGGGGGCGGGCGCGCACACGCCGUGGCUGUUCGACUUGGCGCGGGGAUCGUGGGCGAGGCUGCCCGAGGCGCCGCACCCGAUCCUGUCCAGCGCGGUGAUCGCUUCCGAGGACGCGGUGACGAUCGUGGGCGGCUGGAGCAAGCAGCGCAGCUGCCACGGCCACGCGCAGACGUUACGGCUGCGACCAGCCGCCGCGUGGGCGGCUUCGCGGGCGAGCUUCGUGCCCUGGCGCCGCCCUGGCGCGGGCUGCCGCGCCGCAGGGCUCGGCGCGCUGGUGGCCUUAGGCUGGAUGGAGUGCCAGGGUGAGGCCGCCGUCGGCUCCGAGGACUUCCGCCUAUUGCGGAGGGACGGCGCCGCGCAGCGGGCGCGGACCUCGUCCUCCAGGCUGUGCCGCCUGCCCGGGCGGGACGGCGCCAUCGAGGAGCUGUCAAGGAUGCCGCUCGCGGACUCGUACGAGCACAACGGCGAGAUUUACCCCAUCGGUGCCUCCGUUGUUUGCGUGGGCCGCGACCACGUCCAGGCCUUCCACCCCGGCUCCGGGGCAUGGCGCACCUGGCCAUUGCCCCGGGAGUUGCGCCAGGACGGCAGCAGCUCCUGGGUGAAGCACUGCGGGUCCUGGGCGCUGGCCUGCCUGCCGGCCGCUGGCCGGUAGCUGCCUGCUGCGCGGCGGGUGCGCCGGCGGGGCAGCGGGCCUCCGCGCUGGCUGCGCGGCGCACGCCGCCAGCGGUACCGGCACGGGGCGGCCCGCCCGCACCUCUGCUUCGGUUCUUGCCAGCAGUGCUUCUGGGCCAGGGUGGCCCACGCCUUCCCAGCCAGGAUGAAGCGAAAGGCUGGGGGGCACCUUGGACCAGGACUACCACGCGCUGUGCCGCCGCUACCACACCGUCAUCAUCAGGGGCAUUCCCGUGCUGAGUGCGGACUCGCACAACGAGGAGCUGCUUGCCUUUGGAGUCUUGGUUAGAUUCCCGUGCAUUUGCGGAUCGCCGUAGAAGGGGAUGGCCAGAAGAGCAUUGCGCCGCCGCGUACGCGU